UUCCGGAGCGGGAUCCGGCCAAGUCCUGCCCCGCGGCUUCAGCUUCGGAGAGCCCUUGCACCAUCCCCAGCGUCCUUCCCUCCCCACCGCCAGGUGAGCGAUGAGUCAUUAAAGCAUCAUCGCUGCGCCACCAGCCGGAACACAAAAGAUGCUUUAGGCACCGAUCCUUCAAACAAGGCGCUGUAGUUUUGUUUUUUGCUGUCCUUCAAAGGGUGGUUGUGGUUUUUUUUAAAUUCUUUGGAAGCGAGAGUGCGCCCGACUGAUGGCCGCGGAGGGGGGUCCCUCCCACUGAUGCCCCUGGACCAUGGUUGCUUCCAUGGACGGAUCAUGAAGUGUUUGACUUUCUUUCUUCUGCUUCCAGAGACCUUAAAGAAGUCCAAAAAGAGCGUCCGGGCCAACAGCAAAGGGGCAGCAUGCUAUGAGAUAUUGCCCCUGGGCCUCAAAAAGAAGAUGGCUGCGGAACUUUACCCUGCCAGCGCCAAUACCAAUCUCGCAAACAGCAAUAACGCCGCCGCCGCCAACACCAAGAAAAACGCCCUACAGUUCCAGCAGAGCGCGCAGCCCCCGCCGCCGCCGCCGCUGCAAAACCUCAACAACAACAACGUGGAGAGCGCUAACUGGCAGUCCUUCCACCCCACCCUGCGAGAGAGAAACGCAUUGAUGUUCAACAGUGAACUUAUGGCUGACGUGCAUUUCAUUGUGGGCCCAGUGGGGGCAGCAAAGAAAGUUCCUGCUCACAAGUAUGUACUGGCAGUGGGUAGUUCGGUCUUCUACGCAAUGUUUUAUGGAGAUCUUGCAGAGGUCAAGUCUGAAAUCCAUAUACCAGAUGUAGAACCUGCUGCUUUUCUAAUCUUAUUAAAGUACAUGUAUAGUGAUGAAAUCGAGCUGGAAGCAGACACUGUGCUUGCUACUCUAUACGCAGCCAAGAAAUACAUUGUCCCAGCCUUAGCAAAAGCUUGCGUCAAUUUUCUGGAGACUAGCUUAGAGGCCAAGAAUGCUUGCGUUCUGCUGUCUCAGAGCAGGCUCUUUGAAGAACCAGAGCUGACACAACGCUGCUGGGAAGUCAUUGAUGCUCAAGCUGAAAUGGCACUGAAAUCAGAGGGCUUCUGUGAAAUAGAUCAACAGACGCUAGAGAUCAUUGUGAUGCGGGAAGCACUAAACACCAAGGAGGUUGUGGUGUUCGAGGCAGUUCUGAACUGGGCUGAGGCUGAAUGCAAGCGACAAGGGCUGCCAAUUACGCCAAGGAACAAGAGGAAUGUAUUAGGGAAAGCUUUAUACUUGGUUCGGAUUCCAACCAUGACUUUGGAAGAGUUUGCCAAUGGGGCUGCUCAGUCUGACAUCCUGACCCUUGAGGAAAGACAUAACAUUUUCUUGUGGUAUACUGCUGCAAAUAAACCGAAAUUAGAAUUUCCACUAACAAAGCGGAAAGGACUUGUACCUCAAAGGUGCCAUCGAUUUCAAUCGUCUGCAUAUCGCAGCAAUCAAUGGAGGUACCGGGGACGAUGUGACAGUAUCCAGUUUGCAGUAGAUAAAAGGAUAUUUAUAGCAGGACUGGGACUCUACGGAUCAAGUUGUGGAAAAGCUGAAUACAGCGUCAAAAUUGAACUGAAGAGGUUAGGCAUUGUACUUGCCCAGAAUCUGACAAAGUUUACAUCAGAUGGAUCUAGUAACACUUUCUCAGUAUGGUUUGAGCAUCCUGUGCAGGUUGAGCAAGAUACCUUUUACAAUGUAAGUGCCAUUCUAGAUGGCAAUGAACUCAGCUAUUUUGGACAAGAGGGAAUGACUGAAGUACAGUGUGGAAAAGUGACAUUCCAAUUCCAGUGUUCCUCAGACAGCACCAAUGGCACAGGAGUGCAAGGAGGACAAAUACCUGAACUCAUUUUCUACGCAUGAUGCAUUUCACUUAGAUUGUAUUCCAGGGCUGUUCUACAUAUUAAUAGAUACUCUGAUCUGACUAAAAGACUGCAGAGCAGGCCAGAGUAUUAUAGUACUUACUUAUCUAUUUACCAUCAGGCUAUGAAAUUAAGUGAAGGAAUGCUCUUGAAUUUAAUCUUAUUUUAUUUAUUCAUAAGCUAUUUGACUUAAUUAUUAAACUGCAGUAUGCAGAGCAAGAAAUGUUUUAAAAAAUUGCACAUGAUGUGCAUUUAUUUUGUAUAUAGACAACUAACGGCUGAGACUGACUCAACUAGAAUGUUAUAAAGUAGAGCAGUUUGAGAACCUGUUGAAUAUAAAACAUUUUUACUUGUCCUAAAUCCUUAUGUGCUUUGCUCAUUAUUAAUCCUCUGGUACUUGAACCACAUCAAUAUAUGCAGAAAUAGUAACACUUUUUUUAAAGAUGAAACAUAAGGUGUUAUAAUUCCACAUCUAUGUAAACAAAACCUCUUACUAAGACUGAAGACACAUCUGAAACUAAGAUUGCACUACAGAACAAACAUUUAUUUUUAUAUAGCAUUAGUGGAAAUGUAUGUCCCUAAAACAUAAUGAGUAAAAUAAAUAUAAUUUCCCAGGAGAUGAAUUUCUCUUGUUAUAAACAUAUGUACAAAGAAAAGGAACAUCUAAAAUUUCAUAAUUCUGUAACACAGCAACAGAAUCUAUAGUAUAAUAAAAUUGUUAUACAGUGCUUUCCUCUUGAUCAACAAAAGCCACUUCACUGUGGCUGUAUUCAUAGAUCAUGAUUAAUCUACCCAGCACACACCAAUCAAACUUUGUAUCAAUAUAGCUACCAGACCCUUGUUUGACUUAUUUAACCAUAUUGUGUGGAAACAGGCUUGAAAGUGUUUUCAAAAUUUUAGUCCUAUGUUUGUUUACAGAAUGGUAAGCUAAUAACUAUGGGCAGGCAGCUAUUUCCUCUCACAAAACAUUUUUCAUUACUUGGUUCCAUGUGUCCAAAUUGAUUUGUCACAGAUCAUGUAAGGAAAUGUAAUAAACACAUUCACUUGAUUUUCAACAUCAGAAUACUACAGGAAUCUACUUUGAAUACCAUGGCAUUUACUUCUGAGAAAGUAAACUGAGGAUCAAGCUGUUUAAUUUAGUCUUUAUAAUUUAAUAAUCCCCAGGAGGAGAUUGUCAGCCAUCUGUAUAUGUAACUAUAGAGACAGCCCAAGAGGCAUGCAACAAAACUAUCACAAAUUGUUAUCUUGCAGCUACUGCGCUCUACAAAAUGAGGUUUACUUAGUGUCCUUUCCACUCCUGUUCAUCCAGCAAUGGAGACGUAUGCUCAUCAAACCACAGGCACUUAACUGGGCAGUAGUAUCUGCCAAGAUCUAAAGGAGCUUAUGAGCUAUGUAACCAAGGGGAUUCCGGAUUUGUUUUCCAUGACACAUUUCUACUAUAGGAGGAAACUUCACAAUAUUUAACAGAAGUAUGGGUGUAUAUAUAAUGUCCGAUAUAGUUCCUCAUGUAACCUUUUUAAUAAGCAUCAUUCUAAAAUUACGAGAUAAAAGCAAAUUCCUUUUCAAUCUCAAUAUUGUGCUAAAUUUAUAUAUUAAAAUGUAUGAUAUUAAUAUGAUAAUUGUCUGUGAUCCAUCUCUGAAAAUUUAAAAUUCCUGAUAACAGUUAUAAGGUCCCCUUACACAGCUAUAGUCUUAAGUAAUUAGACUGAAAAAGCAUCUCUGAAUUAUAUCCUAAAUACAUAUCCUACUAUGUGAAACCAACAGCAUAAUCAUCUAACCAGCAUGCACAACAAGCUAAUUUAGGGAAACAUCUCGCAUAGCUUGCCAGCACUGUUGCUAGGAGCAUUAGUCAAAACAUCCCUGGUUCAAAUGACUUCUCUCCCAUUACCACUCCAUAUGGUCAUAGGCAAGCCACUUUCUCAAGAAUAAUGGUCUGUUUUAAGAUUACUCAGAUAAUAUACAAAGUGCUUUAGACACUCUAAAAUGGUAUAUAAAUUAUUCAGAAUGUCAGAAAUGAAUUAUUCUACUUUUUGUUAGCAGUAAAUUUUGACAUUUUCUAACAUAUCACGCCACUUUCCCAGUAUCUUCAGAAAUGACUUAAUGAAAAUGUUCAGUUCAUUUCUGACAUCAUGGUAUAAUGCCGUUACCACUGUUGAUACAUCAAAGCUGUUAAGAAUAUUUUUAUAGGGAUUAGUACCGCACACUAGAGACAAUAUGAUACUAAGACAAUGGUUGGGCAUUUCUCUGUUUUCUGCAAAAGCAGCACAAGCACAUUUCUUUUGUCAUAGAAAUGUUCUUUGUACAUUUAAACUCUGUCUAUAGAGCUCUUACAAAAAUUUGGAUUUUCUUUAAAUCAUCUUUUUCAAAACAAAUAAUGACCUGGUUUGCUUACAAGUCUAAGUUAUAAUGAAUAGCUUAGAAAAACUAACAGUAUAGUAUGUCUAAGCAUGAACCAGGUCACAGAGUCAGUGGUAUAUAUAACAUCACUAUUAUAAUUACUGUCCACAACUCUUGAUGUAGAAAGGAUCAUGUUUUGGAUUUUGCAAAAUUGCAAAAGCAACAUUACCCUUUUUUAAGGAGACAGACCUCAAAUCUCAAACUUCAAGGAGACAGGCCUCAAAUCCCUCUAAAAUAAUCAAGCUCUUUAUUAUUCAUUCACUUUCCUUUUCUACUUUUAACAUUGUAAAUCCUCAUCACAUAUAAUCCUGGGAAAGAAUAAACUUUGUUUAAGUAGCUGUUGGCAAAUGCAAUAUUCUAUAUUUGGGCUUUGUUCCAUGUUCAUGUCUCUGCAUGCUCUAAAGUACAUUUGCCAUUAAGUCCAAAGCACUUAUUACCAUCCUUAUUUUAUUUCUGUUGAAUGUUAGUUCAAAUAUAUGUUUUGUUACAGUUACUUCAAAAGAUGGAUAUAACUGGAAGAAGUCACACUGAUAAUUAGAAGUAAUCAGCUUUACUUCAGUUUCAGUUUUAAGGUAAAUCCUGAGCUUACGUAGACAGCUUUCAUUUCUAGAUUCCUCCAGUCUUAAUUCUGAAGUAUCUUUAAAUACCAGUUAAACAACCCAUGUAAGUAUUUUUGAAAAGCUGCCAUGAGAUGAUGAUACAUUGUAACUACAUAUCAAAAGCCAACUUAUU